AUGAGUAAACGGUGGAGGAGGAAGGUGAAGGUUUUGGAGAAGGUACUUGAGAGGGACGGGAGUCAGACAGCCCUCCACAUUGCAAUCGAGAGACGCCGCCCAGAUAUAGUGAAACUUCUGCUGGAGAAAGGGGCUGAUGUCAAUAUCAAAGCCAAUGGGAGGUUUUUUAGGCCAAGUAGAAAGCGUCGCGGCUGCUUUUACUUUGGUGAACUGCCAUUGGCUCUAGCUGCCUGUACCAACCAACCAGAGAUAGUUACACUUCUCCUGAACAACCCAAGAAUAAAUGUUGGAGAGCAGGACUCCAGGGGAAAUACAGUCCUACAUGCACUGGUUACUAUAGCAGACGACACAGAGGAGAACACAGAGGUCGUUACAGAAAUGUACAACAAGAUCCUGAUUGAAAACAAACAGAGCCAGCUGGAAGGGAUAAAGAAUGCAAAAGGACUGACCCCAUUGCAGCUCGCAGGCAAACUGGGCAAGUUUGAGAUAUUCAGAAGUAUCCUCAGAAGAGAAAUGAAAGACAAGGAGCACAUGGAUCUCUCUCGGAAAAUUACGGACUGGGCUUAUGGUCCCAUUUCUUCAUCGCUCUAUGAUGUCACUGGAGUGGACACUUUGGAGGAGAAUUCCGUUCUGAAUGUUGUCGUGUUUAACACAAAAAUCCAGAACAGGCACAUGUUGCUCUGUGUGGAACCUUUGAACGCUCUACUUGAGCAAAAGUGGAAGAAAUUUGCGGUCUACAUGUUCACUGUCAACUGCCUCCUGUAUCUGUGUUAUGUUAUCACUUUUACGGCCAUUUAUUAUGACGACGAGUGUCAUGCAAAUAAGUUUCAGACAAACAUCACAUCCACCUCAUUGGGCAAACUCAGUGGACAAGUUUUAAUUUUAACGUGGGCUCUUGCCUUACUUAUCAUAGAAGUAGAAUCAAUAGCCCGCUUGAGACUUUCUGACCUUCAAUCAAUAAUGACAGAUGCAUGGUUCCACAUCCUGUUCUUUUUGCAGCUUGGGUUGGCAGUUUUAUGCACCAUAUUAAACUGGGCAGGUGUGGAGCUCCAACUGGCAGUACGGGUGUUGGCUAUGGUUCUCGGCUGGAUUAAUAUCCUGUAUUACACCCGAGGGUUCCAGAGCAUGGGUAUCUAUAGCGUCAUGCUGCAGAAGAUUCUGCUAACUGAUGUUGUGCGGUUCCUGUUUAUUUACUUACUGUUCCUAAUUGGAUUUAGCACAGCACUUGCCUCCCUGAUUCAGAAAUGCACCGACAAGGAGGGGUGCAGUGCUUUUGACAGUUUCAACACUGCACUGCUAGAGCUAUUCAAGCUAACCAUUGGUCUGGGUGAUCUGGAAGUACAGAAACAAGCAAAAUACCCACAGCUCUUCCUCUUCCUCUUGGUGUUGUAUGUUGUCCUGACCUUUAUCCUCCUGUUGAACAUGCUAAUCGCACUGAUGGGGGAGACCGUGGAGAAUAUUUCCAAAGAGAGCAAGAACAUCUGGAAACUACAGAGAGCAAGAACCAUUCUGAACCUGGAGAAGUUAUUACCAAAUUAUCUGAAGAAGAAAUUUCAACUGGGGAAAAUAUUUCAGGGCAAGAGAUACAUCAGGAUCAAUGAAGUUAACUGGACAAAGUGGAACACCAGUUUAGCUCGCAUUAAUGAAGACCCAGGGAAUGAGGAGGAAGAAGGUAAUGCUCACAAAAUACAUAGCUCACUGUUACCAAGAAAAACCUCUUUCAGAAGGCCACGACACUUCUGGGGCAAGAAAAAAUGUAAGAAUCAUCCUCCAGCACCCAGGAAGACGCAGCAGGAAGACCUUCAAUUCAGUGUGGAGAUGAUUUCUGAACAAGAUGUGUCAUAAAAUUUGGGGUGAUAGAUCGUAAGGAAGCAUCAGCCAAAGCAGAGAUACGAUGAUUUAACUGGUUUGUGCUGGAAUGGUAUGGCAUAUUUCAGCUCGCUUAUCAGUGUUGACUUGGUUAUGGACACAAGGUCAUGAACUCAAACCCCAUUUCAGAAACUUGAGCAGAAGUUUCAGGUCGAACCUUCCAAAGCAGUACAGAGGAAGUACCACUGUACCAAUUUCCAACGAGACAUUACCAUACUGAACUUGGAUCUCUUUAAAGAUUAAAGGGCAUUACUCAA